GUUUCACUUGUGAUUGGCUGGGGAAUGGAGGAGUCAGUUUUCACGGGGGCUGAUCAAAAAGUUUCCUUUUGCUUCCCGAAGUUGCUGUCUGAGCAGAGGCAGCGGGAAGAGGAGGCCAGUCACUCUGACAUUCCUCAGGAAAGCCACUGAAAUGAGAGGAGAAGGUUUCUCUAUCCAAGGAUCUACCGUCGAGAACAGACGCCGAGAAGCUGUUUUCCUUCUUUCCUCCCCCAACUCCUCGUGGAGUUGAAGAGCUCUCAUUUCUGGCAUGCGUCUCAUCUCUCAGGAUACUAUGUCACAGUAUUCUACUAACUUUCUCUUGCUCCCCAUACCAGAGUAUCCUGUCUUAGACUGUGUGCCCAACAAAAUCAUCAAGCUGGUGGUGCUGGGUGGCAGUAGCGUGGGCAAGACAGCCCUGAUUGUGCGCUUUCUCACCAAGAGAUUUAUUGGAGACUAUGAAGCCAAUACUGGUGCUUUGUACUCAAGAAAGUUCACCAUAGAUGGGGAACAGAUCUCUCUCCAGGUGCAAGAUACUCCCUUUGUUUCACUGGAGGAUGAUACUGACAGCAUCUGCUGCCAGGAGCAGAUAAACCGGUCAAUCUACUGGGCAGAUGGCUUCGUGUUUGUUUACUCCAUCACGGACUACGAGAGCUACCGAGUCAUCCGGCCCCUCCACCAGCACAUCCGCAAGAUCCACCCCAACGCCAACAUUCCCCUGCUUCUGAUGGCCAACAAAGGGGACCUCCUGCGAGCCAGGCAAGUGUCCUCCAAAGAAGGCCUCCAGCUGGCCAGUGAACUGGGAGGUACUUACUAUGAAGUCUCAGCCCGGGAGAACUGUGAAGGAGUGCAUGAAGCCUUCCAACAGCUUUGCCAGGAGGUUAGCAGGAUGAUUGGGAGCUGCAAUGGAGAGAAACGAAGAGGUCUCCACCUCGUCCGUCCCAAGUCUCCAAACAUGCAAGACUUAAAGAGACGUUUGAAGCAGGCUCUGACUUCCAAAGGGAAAUCUGCUACUACACUUUGAUGUAGCCAAAAGAAAUUGUUUUCCACAGUCCUGGAAAAAAAAAAUACAAGAAAAGAAGCUGGUAAUAAGUGGCAUGGUUGAAACUCAGCAGCUGGGUUGUGUGGGGCACUUUCAUUUUGUCUUUACAUCUUCAUUAAAACCCCUGUUCUCAUUCAGCAAAGAAAUGGACAGAAUUUGUCCUUUGGGGCAAGUGUUUAGAAAGUGUGGUUUAAAAAAUAGAUUGUCCCAAAUUAUUUCUUUUUUCAAAAGGACACAGUCACAUAGUUUAGGCUUAAAAUGUGGAUUUUGUUAAUAACAAUAAUGAAAUCCUACUUAUAAGAGAAGUGGCUUCUCUUGAGGAUGGUUGUAGCCUCAAAUAUAGGCCACAAACUACAGCAAGACGAGAAGAGAAAGGAUGUGAGCUGUACUGAACGAGCAAAACGGACCAGAUCUGCUUAGUCCCAAGUCCAGAAAAAGAAGGCAAAAUUAAAUGAAGAGCAUAAAUGCUGAAAAGUAAUCACUGCAAACUUUUAAACUGCAGACUAGAAGGCGUUCUUAGCAAUGUGAGCAGAGAUCUGUUUGUGUGGAAGCUUUAGUCUUACAGUGCCUCUUUAAAGGGAGAUUCUUAAAACUCACUAUUUUUGCAGAUUAUUUUCCUUUAAACAGAUAUUGGCUCUUUCUGAAAGUGAACAGAAGGGCAAAGUACACAUUUGUAGCAGCAUUUUGUAGUGUUUCUCAAUGGUGUACUUCUCCCUUCCUACAUGGCAACGAGAGAGGGUUUAAUAGAUCAGUGAGGUUUAAAUCCUGUGAAGAAAUGGACUGAAUUAAUCAAGAACAAGGAGGUGACCUAAAGCUCUUCCCCUUUUUUCUUCCAGACUAGUUAGUUUUCAAGUUCAAGAUGAUGUUUUAAAGACACAAGGCCUUCACUUAAAAUAUGUUUAAUUAAUUAGAUACUUGGUUUGUUUGUUUGUUUGUUGUUUUAAAGAGGGAAAAGUUUUGUGAUGCCUGAAAUUGCUGUCUUUGGGAAUUCAUUGUUUUACUCUUUGCCUUAAGACCAGACUUGACUCCAUACCUCAGGGUGUAAAUCAUCAGUUUAUCACAACACGUUUCACUGGUAGCAUCUCACUGCCUUGUGUCUCAGCAGUGUACAAAGGGAUUUGAAGCUGCAUCCUGUGAGCUGCUCUGUUUUAUGGCAGUCCUAACAACAACAUCAAGCAUCCAUCAUUCCCUUCUCAAUGAGAGUGGAAAGACACUGGGUUGGACCAUGUGAAAGUUAUAGUGCCACAAUCUUUUCUUUGAACAGCCCAUAUGAGCAAUUCACAGGACCGUGAAAUGAAGUAAAGCUCAAUGAUUUACACUUGGGAGCACAGAAGGGAAAAUCCUCAUUUGGUGGCUACAGAAAAAUACUCCCAGCUGCAGUUUCAGCUGGUGAUACUGAGCUAAAUCAACCUUUUGCUCCUUAUGAGCAGCAAAAAUCUAAACUGAGUCUGAGUACUUAUGUAGCUGACAGCCUGGAAAUGUGUUUUUUAUUUUUCUUGUCUUAUACUAACCAACUCUAGUCAUGAUUUUCCUUAUCACCUGGAUGUGCUCUAUCUACAGCUCACUUUCAGUUUGAUUUAUUGAUCUCCAUAGCUGAGAAUGUUUUCUGAUGCAUUUUAGAUUCUUUUAUUCAUACAAAAGAACUGCACCUUUGUAUGAAGUUAGUUUCAAGUGGUAGUAGGAGGAGAAAAGGAAAGUUGGAUUACCCAAACAGGAACUUCUGGAGAUCAUCCAGUCCAACCCUCCUGCUAAAGCAAGGUCACCCACUGCAGCAUCCCAAUGUCCAGGUGGGUUGGGAAUCUCUCCAGAGAAGGAGACUCCCCAACCUCUCUGGGCAGCCUGCUCCAGGACUCCAGAACCCUCACAGCAAAGCAUUUUCUCCUCCUGUUCAGGUGGAACCUCCUGGGUUCCAGUUUGUGCCUGUUGCCCCUUGCUCCAUCACAGGGCACCACUGAGAACAGUCUGGUGCCAUCCUCUUGACCUCUACCCUUUAGGUAUUGACAAGUGUUGAUAACAUCAAACACUAUUAGAGGAUUUUAUGGCUGACUAACAUUAUGCUGUCUGAUCAGUGUCAUUAUUCAGUGCAGGCACUUUGGUGUGGUGCUUAUCAGCACAGAACUUCAAUAAAUAUUGAAAUUACUAAGAGCAGAGCUCAAAUAUUGGAUGUAAAGUUGCAGUAACAUGAAACAGAGCAAAGGGCUUGUGAGAGACACACAAACUGCAAGUUCUUUCCAUUGGAAAAGUGAUCACCAAUUUGGAACAGCAAUUAAAUAUUAUCCUGUUCCAGUACUAUAGAAUCAGGGUGAAAUUUGCCAAAGACAAUUUGCUGCCACCAUUUGUUUUUGUCAAAGCCUAAGUGAACUGGGUGCUUUAGCUUAUUAACUUCAUUUGGCACUUACUCCUUCAGCUCUAAUCCUUUCUGACUUGGGACGAAGCUUCAACAAAUUUCAAACCUGUCAACUUUUUCUUUUCAAUAGUGAUUAAUAAAAUCAUGGAAAGUCUUUCCUGA